AUGGUGGCAGUCAGUACUGUGAAGAAAGAGGAUGGGAAAGUCUCCUUUGAGACCUCUGAGGGAACAGUCAUAAAUGUCAACAUUAACCAGCGGUCCUGCAUGGACAGCCUGCUGGAUGCCAUCAAGAAUAUCAGAAUGGUAAAGAAAGAUGGACAAUACAACCAGCCAGCCAGAGAGUCUGCAUCCGGAGUACAUCUAGGAGUUGGGGUCUCUUUUAUGAGCUUGGGUUUCAUCAGUGUCAUGCUGGCUAUCAUUAUUGCUGUGAUUCAUCCAAGCCUUGCUAUCAGCUAUGUUGGGACACACUUCUGGGUAGGAUUUCCGUUUCUUGUUGCUGGAGCACUGAACGUUCUGGUUUACAAAUAUCCCAAUGCAUUAUGGAUGGUAAUUUCCUUCAUUUCUCUGUUGGGCUGCUUGGCAGUGUCUAUCGCUGGUACAGUCUUUGUUUCAAGUGACAUUGACAGUUUUUACUGGAGGGUAGACAUGGAUUCUCUGUGUAAUAACCUUCGCCAAAGACCAAACUCUUAUUACUAUGGAACUACGCCUCCAUCCUAUUACAGAGACUACAACAAUGACUGGGAUCUGGAGAGAUGCAAGAAUGGAUUUCGAGAAUACCAGCACUUUUUGUUAGGCUUGCUCAUUAUGUCCUUGCUGAUGAUGAUCUGGGGCAUCUGUGUUUCCGCUUUAACUCUGAUCUACAGACUGAAGGUGUUUAUCAAAUCCUGCAAAUGUGAGAAAGUUGAAGAGAAUGAUGAUCCUCUGCUGUCACCAAACCCCAUCCAAGACAUUAUUAUUGCUUAA